AUGAGUUAUAGAAUUAAAGAUGUAUCAACAAGAUUAAUUAAGCCAACAUUACAAGAUAUACCAAUAAAAGAGUUAUAUGAAAUUAUUUCAAAAUGGAAUGAUGAGUGGGAACAUGAUGGUAGUGUAUCUGUAUUUGAUGAAGGAAUAGCACAAUACCUUUUAACAGAUAUGUUAUCACAUUUAAAAUUUUAUGGAGCAUUAUUUCUUGAUAAACCAAGUAUAAAAUGUAGAUUAGUACCAGAAUCUGAAGCACCAUUAGAUGUUUUGGAAGAAGAAUAUGAAAAUCAUAUAUCUUUUGUUUACAAUGGUACAGGAUCAAUUGAUGAAAUAAAAAUUGUUGAAAAGAUAAAAUUUAUAUUAAAGAAGAGAGGUUUUCGAUUUACAAAUUAA